AUGUACAUGCCCAAUCCCGGGGAGUUCGAACCUCCAAAGCUCACUUACGACGACUCUAACGCGCGAACGACGACGCUCGUGGGGGGUAAGAAAGCCGUGAAGACCGUGCAGUGGUCGGUGGGAGGCGAUAAGCUCGCGUCCGGGGGAGUGGAGCACGACGUGCGCGUGCACGAUGUCGAACACGGGGCGGGCACGGGACGAGGGGCGCAGACGCUUCGAGGACACGCGGGCGCGGUGGAGCAAUUGCGGUUCGAUCCGUCGCGUCAAGGAGGUGAUCGCGCGCUGACUGUGAGUUCGGAUAAAACGGCAAAGAUUUGGGACGCGAAGAGCGGGAAAUGCGCGGGGACGAUCGAGAUGAAGGAAGGAUUGAUGAACGCGGCGUGGUCGCCGAGCGGGCGGCACGUCGCCGUCGGGAGCAAGUCGGACGUGAUCUCGAUCGUCGACGUGACGACGAUGAAGGUGAUUUGGGAGCAAAAGUUCAAGUACGAGGCGAAUGAGAUGAUGUGGGAUAAGACCGGGAAAUCGUUCAUGAUGGCGACUGGAGAAGGGAAAAUGGAAAAGUUUACGUUUGACGAGACGACGGGAUCGUUGACGCCGCUUUCAUCGCAUUUUGCACAUAAUGGCGGGUGUUACUGCAUGGCGAUCGACCCUACCGGAAAGUAUCACGCCAUGGGUGCUGCAGAUGCGAUCGUGAGCUUAUGGGAGUCUGAAACAAACAUCUGCUACGACACUAUCGUGCGCUUGGACUACCCGAUUCGCUCAGUUUCCUACAGCCACGAUAGCCGAUAUAUAGCCGCCGCUUCGGAAGAUUUAAAAAUAGAUGUCGCAGAGGUGAUGACUGGCGAUUGCGUGGCACAAAUCAAAACGAAAGAGGCGAUGAAUACCAUAGCGUUUCACCCGAAGGAAUUGGUUCUGGCGUACGCCGGCGACGGGGGAGAUAUUUCGCUGUGGAGCGCGUUCACCGCCAUCUCUGCAGGUACAAAGUAG